AUGGACAAAUCUAAAAAACCAUGGCGUAACAAAAAUUGGAAUGGGCAAGUCAGCAAAGUUUGUAAUGAAAUAUAUGGAACUCUUUCGAUGCUUAGACAAACACAAGAUUUUCUACCGAAAGACAUAAAACAGCAUUUAAUUAAAUCAUUAGUUAUCCCGAAAUUUAUGUACUGUUCGGAAAUUUUCAUGGGAUGUUCUCGAGCAAAUUGGCAUACAAUUAACGUGUGCUUUAAUUCUUGUAUUCGCUACAUUCACAGCUUAAAGAAAUUCGAUUCAGUCUCCAAGCAUGUUAAUGAAUUAUUAGGCUGUUCUUUGGAGAAUUAUAUGAAUUAUCGCGUAUGUCUUUUCAUCUUUAAUCUUAUGAAAAAGAAAACUCCACACUACCUUUAUGAAAAACUUUUCUUCCCAAGAUUUCGAAGAAGUAGAAUGUUAAGCUUACCUCCUACCAAAAGCUCGAAACAACACAUCAACAGUUUCUUUGUUCGUGGACCUCGCCUUUGGAAUUCUCUUCCAUCUGAUUUAAGAAUAAUUGACUCCCUUGCGAUUUUUAAACGAGAAUGUCUAUCUCAUUUCGCUUCGCAGAAAGCACAAAAAUAG